AUGACUUUGUUGCUUUUCACACUUUCUAUUCAUGGCUUGUAGAGAUGGCGUGUACUCCUCUAUAAUGUUUUACACCAUGUUCUGUACGUGCGAGUGAUGCACAUUCACAUCCAUCAUUUUUUUUGUUUACUAUUUAUUCAGAAUUUGUGAAGAAACAAAGGAAUGGCAGCUAUUAUAAGAAAGCUUAUAGAGAGCUAUCAUUAUAUCAAUGAUGACCUAGCAGAUCCUCGAACAGUGAAUUACCCGAUGGUUUCAACUCCAUUCAUAAUAAUAGCCAUUGUCGCAGUUUACAAUAUAUUUGUACAGUGUGUUGGACCAUGGUGGAUGGCAGGCAGAAAACCCUACAACUUGAAACCACUCAUCGUGUUGUACGAUUGUAUACAAAUAGUGGUCAACUUUUGGCUAUGUUUUAGGGUUUUGACAAAAACUUAUUUGUCUGGAAAAUACAACAUUUUCUGUCAAGGUGUUGAAACUGGAACUUCACCUGAAGAAGUAUUGAUAAUGAACACCGUUUAUUAUUAUUUUCUGACAAAGAUUCUAGAUUUACUUGACACUGUAUUUUUUUUCUUGAGCAAAAAAUCUAAAAAUAUCAGUUUUUUGCACAUUUAUCACCACAGUGGCAUGGUGGUGUGUGGAUGGAUAGGAAUCAAAUAUAUACCAGGAGGUCAAGCGAUAUUUUUUGGGGCCCUAAAUGGAUUUGUCCAUGGAGUGAUGUACACAUACUACCUUCUUGCUGCACUUCAAUUCCUGGACAGUCGACAUGUCUUCUGGAAGCGAUCUCUCACCCAGCUGCAGAUGCUGCAGUUUGGACUUAUGACUAUCCACAUGAUAUUUGCCAUCAUGUCACCUGAAUGCGGAUUUCCACGACUCCUUUGUUACUUUGUCAUAGGUCAGCAGGCUUUCAUUUUCCUUCUGUUUGCUGAUUUCUACAGGAAAACAUACCUGAAAAAGAAGAAAACAUCUUAAAUUAUGUGUCUGUUGAAUCACUUUAGAAUAAACUAAAAUGAAAAAUU